AUGGGAAGAAAAAUCUUGUUUAGUUUUUCACUUAUUUUUGUAUGUGUGGGAUUUUCACUAACUUUGGAACAGAUAUUUGCCAGGAAGAAUGUAAGCUCUCGAACAUCUUCAAAUAAAGAAGUGGUUAUAAAGAGUGAUCAACAAAAUAAUGAAGAUAUUAAACCAAUCCAGAAUUUCACAACAACACCAGUCCCACAGGCCCUGAACUACAAUCUGAGCAGACAAGGGCAUUUAGUAAAAGAACUUUGGAAUGCAUUCAGCCAUGACAGCCCAGUUAAUGUCUCCAUGGAUGGAACCCCCUGCAUUCUCUUUUGGGCCAAAAGAAUAACAAUUAAAUUUAAGAACCAGACCUGGCUGGACCUUACAGAGGAAGCUUUUGGCCAGAAGGCAACAGUGGAUGCUACCAACUCAAAUUGCAGUGAAGAAAGUGCCAAGUUGUCUCUGAAAUUUGACAAUGCUGAAAAUUCCAAAGGUCUUGAGAUAAGAUUCAUUCUUACCAAUUACAACAAGUUUUCCAUGCAAAGCUGGUUUAGUUUGCACCGAGUUGAGAUUAUUUUUAAUAAUUCAAUCCAAGCAACUUUUAAUGCAACUGGCAUAUAUGCUCCGUCAAGUUAUUCCUACCACUGCCAGCUUGUCAGCAGCCAGCAGCGGUAUGAUGCCCUCUUGCUGCCCAGUGACAUGAAUGAUAUGUCAAGCCUGUGGGAGGUCACUUUCAUUGAUUUCCAGAUCCAAGGCUUUACCAUCAAUGGGGCACAGUUUGCCAAGGCCCGAGACUGUGCCUCUUCCUUCUCACCAGCUAUUCUGAUUGGCCUGGCCAUGUCCUUGAUCCUGCUGCUGGUUCUGGCCUACACCCUACACAUGCUCAUCUACCUGCGGCAUCUGGACAGGCACUACGAUUUCAUCACGUCUCCAGCCCACUUCCCCCAGCUGAAAGCUCGAGAUGCAGCGGAAGAGAAGGAGCUGCUGAGGAGCCAGGGAGUUGAAAGCUAUGAACUGAGAACCCAACAGAUCUGCAAAAUGUACGUGUAGUAGCUCAGGCAUUCUCUCCUACGAA